AUGCUAGCCCGAUUUGAUGAUUAUGCUGUUGGUAAAGAUAAUGAUUUAACUGAUGAAGAGAUUGUGAAUUUUGCUCUUUUUGCAGAUUGCAAUAAUCCCAAACUAAUUUCUAAAUUCAGGGAGGCCAUGAUUAGUCAAUUUGAGAUGACAGAUUUGGGAUUGAUGUCUUAUUUUCUUGGUAUUGUGGUUCAUCAGUUGGAUGGUGGAAUUUUUAUCUCACAAAGGAAGUAUGCAAGUGAUAUUCUAAAGAAGUUUAAGAUGGAUGUGGCUAAACCAAUGAUGACCCUGGUUGAAGAAAUAUUGAAAUUAACCAAAGAUGGUACUGGUGAUUUUGUUGAUGCUACUUACUUUAGGACGUUGGUGGUUGCUUUGUCCACAGCAGAAGAGAAGUACAUGGCGGCCACAAGUAGUGCUACUCAAGCACUUUGGUUGCGGAGAAUGCUUGGAUUCUUACAACACAAGCAAGAUGGUCCUACCAAAAUAUUUUGUGAUAGUUUGUCUGCGAUUGAGUUGACAAAAAAUUCAAUUUUUCAUGGGCGCAGCAAACAUAUUGACAUCAAGUAUCAUUUUAUUCGUGAGUUCGUUCAACAGCAAAAAAUUGUCAUUGAUUAUUGCAGAAGUGAAGAUCAAGUAGCUGAUAUUUUGAUAAAACUACUCAAAUUGGAGAGGUUCAUGAAAUUGAAGAAAAUGCUCAGCAUGGUGAAAUUUGAAGAGCUUAGUUUAAGGGAGGCAAUGAAUAUUCAAUAUGUGACCACUGAUAAGAGAUGCCAUGAAACUGCCAAUAUGGGAAGGGAUUCCAUGACCUUGUUGUAUCUACUGAUUGAAAAGCCUGAACUGCAGAGCAUAGGAUGUUCGCUUUCAAGCAUUUAA